UGAAGCGGCGGCCCUAGUGAGUCUCACAACAGGAGGUCUCCCGCCGGAGGGGUUCUUCACACGGAGUCUGCGGAGAUGUGGAAAGCCGCCGGUGGACCGAAGGGCUCCUCCAGCCCGGCCGCCGCCGCCGCGGUCACCUGUCUGCUCGUGACCGGGACGCUGCUCGUCACCGUCGGACACCGGGGCGGCGCGGGCCCGGUGGAGCGCCCGGUGCAGCCUGCGGUGGCUGCUGCUUCUUCUUCUUCUUCUUCUUCUUCUUCUUCUUCUUCUUCCUCUUCCUCUUUGUUGGAGAGCAGCAAAGCCUUCUCCACUUACUUCAGGAAACUGACCCGGGAGAGACGCGCGGUAAGCGGCCCGCCGAGGAGGAGCGGCCCCCCCGCGCCGGUGGAGCGUCUCUCCGCGGCCGACCUGUUCAUAGCGGUGAAGACCACCGGGAGGUAUCACCGGACCAGACUGGACCUCCUGCUGGACACCUGGAUCUCCGCAAACAUGCAACAGACGUUCGUGUUCACUGACGGAGAGGACGAGAAGCUGAGGGAAAGGAUGGGAGCUCAACUCAUCAACACCAACUGCUCAGCGGCUCACAACCGGCAGGCCCUCUCCUGCAAGAUGGCCGUGGAGUACGACACCUAUAUCCAGUCCGGCAGGAAGUGGUUCUGUCACGUUGACGACGACAACUACGUGAACGUGGGCUCGCUGCUGAAGCUCCUGUCUCAGCACCGCCACGCGCGGGACGUCUACCUCGGCCGGCCCAGCCUGGAGCGGCCCAUCGAGGCCGCGGGGCUGCUCGCCGCGGCUCACACGCAGGCGCGUUUCUGGUUCGCCACGGGCGGAGCGGGAUUCUGUCUGAGCCGCGGCCUCGCUCUGAAGAUGCAGCCCUGGGCGAGCGGCGGCGCCUUCGCGGCCACGGCCGACCACAUCCGCCUCCCGGACGACUGCACCGUGGGCUACAUCGCCGAGGCGCUGCUCGGCGUGAGCCUCACCCGCUCGCCGCUGUUCCACUCGCACCUGGAGAACCUGGGCCUGGUGUCGGACAUCCACAACCAGGUGACCCUCAGCUACGGCACGGUGGAGAACAGCAGGAACACCGUCAGCCUGAGGGGGCCGUUCUCUGCCGAGGAAGACCCCACCAGGUUCAGGUCGGUCCAUUGUCUGCUGCACCCAGACGCCGCUCGCUGCCCGGGACCCCCGCCGCUGUAACGCCGGAGACGGGAGGAGGAGGAGGAGGAGGAGGAGGAGGAUGAGGAGGAGAGCGGAGCGCCUUGGUUCACCCGACGUGUCCAGGAAUGGGGGAGAAGGAGCCUCGCUUUAUCUCUGCCUGGGUGGGAGAGUGACCGGAGCUCUCCCCCCCCCCGGGGGAGCGUUGCUCCGUGUCAGAAGGCCCAAAAAAAAAGCUGCCGCGAGAGAAGAAGACUUGUGGAUGAAAAAGGCGGAGAGACGGCUCCUCGUUUUACACCCUGAAAUCUGAAUCAGAUCAAUCACAAGAACCUCUGGUUCAAAAAGGUCAUUUGAUCGUUCGCCGUAAUGUUGAACCGGGUGGACGUCUCCAAUGGGGGGGCGGCAGUGUUUUGGUCUCUGAAACAAGGGGACGAGAGACGAGCCCACAGAAGCAGAGGCUGGACUGCAGGCGGCUCCCGCCCCCGUCUGAAGGACCGCUCUGAUGUUUACGAUGCGCACAGCGGUGAAAAGAUGCAGGAUGGGUAGUUCCACCUGCUCAGCGUUCACUAUUGUCUUUUCUUUGAACUGUACCAUCAUGCCUGAGCACUUUGCUCUUUUUAUUCCUGCUUUUUGCAUUUCACAUUUUAAAAUAAUACCUUUUUUUUUUUUUUAAAUUAGACUGGACGAGAGUCCGACUACGGGAUUAUUUGUGCGUUUCGGGAGGAGCAGAUUUAAGCUGAUUCGGUUCCGCCCUCUUUGUGCUACGCUAAGCUAACCGGCUGCAGACACCAGAACAGGCUGUUCUUCUGAAAACAAAUCACACGUUGUCCACUCAUCCGAUGAGGCCUCCUACAAAUGAGUAAAAAAAAAUUUAAAAAGCCGCCAUGGUGUCAGACUGCUUGUGAAAGGUCUCGCACCGCGGCGGCGUCACAAGGAAUGACUCAUGUUGGGUCGUCUUCUGUCCUUCUGCGCGUUGAAGGCACAUUCUGUCCCUUUUAAGUGAACGUAUGCGAUGAAGCGCACGCGCUCGCUCUCCAGUAUCUGGACCCUAUGAAGACGCACAAUAAAAAGAAAGGCUCGUCCAUUAA